ACCAUCCCUGCAGAAGCAGGAACUAGAGUCUACCCAGGAUGACAACUGUUAGUGGAAACAGGGAGGCCCAGGAUGAGAAGCCCCGGAUGUCUAGACCUUCGGAUUCUGAAUCCCUGAUUGCUACUACCUCAACUUCCCAGUUCUUAAAGUCCGAGUUGUUGCCUACUGAGGAAUUGAUUGGGAGACGGAAGUAUGACGCGCCAUCAUCAGACAUUUGGUCUGAUGAAGAUAAUGAGGAAGCAUUGGCGACCAUAGAAAAAGAUGAUAAGCCAAAGGAUGAAGCCCCUACUGACCGCCCAUUCUGGGCCAAUAAAACUGAGUACCUCCUGGCCCAGGUUGGCUUCUCUGUGGGGCUGAGCACCAUCUGGCGCUUUCCUUAUCUGUGUUUUCACAACGGAGGUGGCAGUUUUCUCAUCAUCUAUAUCCUCAUGCUGUUCUUGGUUGGAGUUCCUCUUCUAUUCCUGGAGAUGGCAGCUGGUCAGAGGAUGCGUCAGGGCAGCAUUGGUGUAUGGAAGGUCGUCAGCCCCUGGAUUGGUGGCGUGGGGUAUACCAGCUUCAUGGUGUGCAUCAUUGUGGGCUUGUACUACAGUGUCCUCAUGGCCUGGAGUCUCUUCUAUUUGGCUCAGUCUUUCCAGUCUCCACUACCUUGGGCAUGGUGCCCUUUACUGAAGAACUCCAGUGAUUUUGAUCCUGAAUGUGCACGGACAACAUCCACCACGUAUUUCUGGUACCGGAAGGUAUUGAAGGCCACAGAUGAAAUUGAGAUCGGUGGGCUACCAGUCAUGCAUCUCAGUGUCUCUCUUUUUGUGACCUGGUUAAUUAUCUGCAUCUCCAUGAUCAAAGGGCCCAAGUCCAUUGGGAAGAUGCUGUAUGUCUCAGUACUCCUUCCCUACAUCAUCCUUUUCUGCCUCGUUAUCCGGAGUCUCAUGCUGAAAGGCGCACAUUUUGGUCUGAAGAGUUUGUUGGCUGCCAAGGUGUCAGCCCUGUACUCUGUGGAAGUGUGGCGCCGGACAGGGAACCAAAUCUUUUUGUCCAUGGGCCUCGGCUUUGGCAGCUUCACCGCAAUCAGCUCGUACAUCCCUCGGUCCAACAACUGUGUCAUUGACGCCUUUGCUGUGGCUCUUCUCAACUUGGCUGCCUCCUUGACGGCCACGGUGUUUGUAUUUGCCUUAAUGGGCCACUUGGCUGUAGAGAACAACGACAAAUGUUACCUGAAGAAUGCUGAGACAGUGAUGAAUCUGGUAGCUACUGGGGUGAUCCCUCCUGAGGCCCAGCCCCCAGAGAGUCUGUAUCAUGAUCCGAGCUCCAUCUACUCCAGGUGGCUCGACAACCUCCCCGAACAAGUCAGAAACAUGGUCCUACUCCAUUUGUCUGAUUGCAACCUAUCUGAGAAAUUGGAGGAGGUUAUGGAGGGUCCAGGUGUGGCCAUCGUGGCAUUUACCGACAUUAUCUCUCUGUUUUCUGGAUCCACCUUCUGGGCCAUCACCAUUUUCUUGUUGCUGGCAAACCUGGGGCUGAGCACCAUGAUAGGGAUCUUGCAGGGCAUCCUUGCCCCUCUCCAGGACACCUUCUCUCCCCUCAGGAAACAUGCAAAGCUGUUCACAGUGGGUGUCUGUGUGCCUAUGUUCCUAGGCAGCCUCCUUUUCGUGAGGCCCUCGGGCAGCUACUAUGUGAACCUGCUGGAUGAUUACUGGGCGUCUCUGCCCCUCUUCUUCAUUGUCAUCUUGGAGAACGUGGCCAUGGCCUGGAUCUAUGGGGCCAGGAGGUUCCUUGCAGAUCUGAGUAUCAUGUUGGGCCGCCCCAUCUCCCCCGUCUAUCGUUGGCUGUGGUGCUUUCUGUCUCCACUUGUGCUGCUGGUCCUGUUUGUAAGCACCCUGUUUCAUCUGUAUCUGAAGACCAUCACCUACUUGGCCUGGGACUCAAGCAUUUCAAAUGAGGUGUGCCGAACUUAUCCAUCUUGGGCUAAAGUCUUGCUCAUAGUCCUCAUCGUCAUUACCAUCUUGCCCAUCCCUGCCUACUUCUUGUACAUCCUCCUUCAGAUGCCUCCUGUAGUCUCCAUGAUCCACAGUAGGGCCACAGAUAUCUUCAAACCUAAAGCUAAAGGGCGCUUACCCAAGCCUUGUCCACGGCUUCAGGUGAGGCAAAGCCAAAAGAAGAUUAAUGAAGUGGGUAAAUACCCAGGGAAAAAACUUUCUGCCCUGUGA